AAUUUCUCACAGUGCAAAACAAUUUUCGUAUAUUCUCCUUUUCGACGGAAACGCGAUGUUGGUUGAUGAUGAUUCAUGGCUGUCGGAGAUUGCAUAUCUUUCAGUUUUCACAUCACCGGACCCGUCGAAGAAAUGACAUAGAAAUUAAAAAAAUCCCAAAGUGCAAUUCGUGCUCGUCUCUGUUCUGAUUAUUCGUAUCGAAAAAGAAAGGAAAUUAUAAAAUAAAAUAAUUCUUGGGGUAUCAUAAUCAUUCAAGAAAAACUUAGGCGAAAUCCGAAGAGGAAAGGGAAAAAAGAGGGGUAGUUAUGACAUAAAAAUACGCCUAGAGAGAGAAACAAAAACAGAUCCCUUUCUUCUUCUUCAUCGUCCCAACUCCUCUCUGCAACUACAAUCAUCUUCAAACCCUAGCCUUUCUCCAAAGACUUUUCCCGCCAAUUCAACUUCCAAUCAUUCAAUCCAACCUCUAAUUCCAUCUCUGUUCUUCUUCGUUCUCUCGUUGAAGAACAGACCCAACAAAAAAAAAUUAGCGACAGUUUUAUUAUUUUCUUAUUCUUCUUAAUUAGGUCUUAAUAGUUGACAACUGACUUGAAUUUGUCUUCUGUGUGAUGAUUCAAGAGAAUGGUUGAGUUAGAAGACGAGGAAUUCAGAUUCUGAUUAAAUUGAAUUUUUUUAAGGGAACCCUAGAAUUUGGGUCCUCAAAUUUCGAGCAAGAUGAUAAUUAAAAAGGCAUUGAAAACCAAAAUGCCGAUUCUGAAACGGUGUAAAACUGAAGAAGACGAUGAUGAAUUCGCCAGAAGACAACAACAACACCGGAGUAAGAAACGGAAGACGACGAUGAAUGGUGGUUAUUGUGCGCUUGAUCUGCUUGGUGAUAUUGCUUUUAGUAGAGCUGCAUUUAAUUACAAUGGAUUCCGUGGGAGAUUUCCCGAGGAUAAUGAUGAUGAUGAAUUCGAAGAAAUUAUUCGAAUACGGAGAAGACAAGAAGAAGAAGAAGAAGAAGAAGAAGAAGAGGAGGAAGACGAGGAAGAAGAGAAUGUUGUUAAUGUCAAUGGAAAUGGUCGUGUGAAGCAUUAUCAACACCAGCAGCGGCAGAAAGUGGUGGCAGCAGCAGCAGCUCAACUAGUUCGUCCGCCACUAGUUAAAACAUCAAGAGGAAGAGUUCAGGUACUUCCUUCUCGUUUUAAUGAUUCAGUUCUUGAUCCAUGGAAGAAAGAUAAAGAAACAAAUGCACCACCCAUUGAACAAGAACAAGAAGAAGAUGAACACGAACAACAACAACUAAGAGGAGUUAUUCCUACAAUUAAAAAGGAAAAAUCAUCAAUGUUUAGUAGUUAUAGUAAGAGUAGAAACAUUAUUAACAACAGAUUGAUUGCUAAGAAACAGUUUAGUAAAUUGGAGAAACAUGGUAGUAGUAACGGUUAUAAUAAUUGUCCUACUAAGUAUGUCACGUCGUAUCGAGACGAGGAAGAAGAGGAUGUAAAGCAGCAUAGUUAUUUGGGGUAUAACAAGUUUGCUGGUAUGAGGAAGUACACGAGUUCACGUAGUAAGGUGAUUUAUGAGCCAAGGGGAGUGAGUGAAGAUGAGGAUCAUAAGGAUGUGUUGAUAAGGAGAUUUGACGACAAUGCAGUGGAUGAUGGGAAGGGGGAUUCGGAUUUUGUCGCAGGGGAUGUAGUUUGGGCGAAGUCAGGGAAAUAUCCUGCUUGGCCUGCUAUUGUGAUUGAUCCAGCAUUGCAAGCUCCUAAAAAGGUUCUGAGCAUGUAUGUUCAUGGAACUACUUGUGUUAUGUUCUUUGGCUACUCCGGGAACGGGAGAGAUAGAGAAUAUGCAUGGGUGAAACGCUUGAUGCUUUUUCCUUUCAUUGAGUAUGUAGACAGAUUUCAAGGGCAGACCCAAUUACACAAGAGCAAGCCUACUGAUCUUCGGAAUGCGAUAGAGGAGGCUUUUCUAGCAGUGCAUGGUUUUGUAGAGUUGCCAACGAUUCAGCUUGACACGGUGUCUUGGCAGUCAGGUUACCAUCCUUCAAUAUCCAAUGGGAAGAUCGAAGGAACAACAACUGAUUCUGAUCGAUAUCGGGGAUAUCACUCUCAUACCGAGCUACCGAAGUCCAAACAAUGUUGUGGCGUAUGCAGGAGGUUAUUGAAUCAUUCAGACGGUGUUAGUUGGGUACGUUGUAAUGGAUGUAAACUUCGGGUUCAUGCGGAGUGUGACAAAACAUCUACAAUCCUUAUGAAGGAUUCGGAAACCUCUAAUUAUUACUGCCCCGAUUGCAAAGCGAAGUUCAAUUUCGACCUAUCAGAUUCUGAAAGAUAUCGGCCAAAAAUGAGAUCUAACAAACAGAAUAUCCCAUUAAUGCCGCCAAGCAAGAUAGCUGUUGUUUGCAUUGGUGUGGAAGGGACAUACUUUCCUAGUCUACAUUUAGUUGAAUGCAAGUGUGGUUAUUGUGGAUCAGAGAAGCAGACACUUAUGGAAUGGAAGAAGCAUAUAGGUUCAAAAAAUAAAAAUUGGAAGAAGAGUGUUAAAGUGAAGGGUUCGAUGUUAUCACUUGAACAAUGGAUGCUGCAGAUUUCUGAGUAUCAUGAACGUGGUCUGUUUUCUGCAAAUCCCCCUAAAAAACCUUCUAUGAAGUCAAGAAGGCAAAAGCUUCUAUCGUUUUUGCAAGAAAAGUAUGAACCCGUUCAUGCGAAAUGGACAACAGAAAGGUGUGCAGUUUGCAGAUGGGUGGAAGAUUAUGAUUACAAUAAAAUUAUCAUAUGCAACAGGUGCCAAAUCGCAGUUCACCAAGAAUGCUAUGGAGCAAGAAAUAUUCAGGACUUCACGUCAUGGGUUUGCAGAGCAUGUGAAGAACCUGAUGUAAAAAGGGAGUGUUGCCUUUGCCCUGUAAAAGGGGGUGCUCUAAAACCAACUGAUAUCAAGACAUUGUGGGUUCAUGUAACGUGUGCUUGGUUCCAACCAGAAGUUUCUUUUGCUAGUGAUGAAAUAAUGGAGCCUGCACUUGGAAUCUUGAGUAUUCCAUCUAAUAAUUUUGUGAAGGUAUGUGUGAUUUGUCAGCAAAUGCAUGGUUCGUGCACACAAUGUUACAAGUGCUCCACUUAUUAUCACACUAUGUGUGCUUCGAGGGCAGGAUAUCGUAUGGAGUUGCAUUGCGAAGAGGUAAAAGGGAAACAGAUCACAAAGAUGGUCUCAUAUUGUGCUUUUCACAAGGCUCCAAAUCCAGAUAAUGCUUUGGUUAUUCAGACUCCAUCAGGAGUUUUCAAUACAAAAAGCUUGCUUCAAAAGAAGCAAACUGGCACAAGGCUAAUUUCUUCUAAGGCGAAGAUAGAAGAAGUCCCAGAAGAUCCAAUAGCAGAAGAAACCGAUCACCAAGAUCCAUUUUCUGCUGCAAGGUGUAGAGUUUUCCAAAAAACAAAAAACAAGAGAAUACCUGGAGUCCGACGAGAAGCAAUAGCACAUCGACUAAUAGGACCUUGUCGUCAUUCUUUAGAAGUGAUACAGUGCCUGAGAACAGCUAAGGAGCAACAGGAUAAUAAGUCCUUUUCCACUUUUAAGGAUCGCCUUCGCCAUUUACAGAAAACUGAGCACGAGAAGGUUUGCUUCGGUAGAUCUGGAAUUCAUGGAUGGGGCCUCUUUGCGCGUCAAAAUAUCCAAGAAGGAGAUAUGGUCAUUGAGUAUCGUGGGGAGAUGAUGAGGCGAAGUGUUGCAGAUUUGAGAGAGAAACAGUACGCAAGAGAAGGCAAAGACUGUUAUCUGUUUAAAAUCAGCGAAGAAGUUGUGGUCGAUGCAACUGAUAAAGGGAAUAUCGCACGCUUGAUUAACCACUCAUGCAUGCCAAACUGUUAUGCGAGGAUCAUGAGUGUUGGGGAUGAUGAGAGUAGGAUUGUACUUAUCGCCAAGACAAAUGUUUCGGCUGGUGACGAGCUAACAUACGACUACUUGUUUGAUCCGGACGAGUCUGACGACUGCAAAGUUCCCUGCCUCUGUAAAUCAGCAAACUGCCGGAAAUACAUGAAUUAACAACAACAUGCACAGUCAAAAACAAGAACAGAAAGUAAAAUUGUUUCUCCACAUGGAGCCCCCCCACUGACAGACAUCAUUUGUCACUCACUCACCACACAGGACAAGAUCGAUCUCAACAGUUUUUAAAGAGAUUAUUGAUGCUCUGGUAAAUCAAUCAAUAAACCCCAAGUUUGGCGCGCGCGGUGUUGAUGUAAAUCACAUCAUCGUACAGGGAGAAUCUCACAUCUUCUUCUUCUUCUUUGUAAUUUGUCCCAAUCCCCCAUUUAAGUAAAUUAGUUUGAAAAUUCUUGUAAAUUACAAUCUUGGAAUAUCAUAAAUGAGAUAUCUAAUGUAGAAUUCCAUUUUUGUUAUAGUCAAGAAUUUACCUUCAGUAGUUUAUUAUGGACAGCCCGGCCUUGCCUUUCAGUGUAAAAUUUCCAUUUUUGUUAAAUAUUUAAUAUGAAGCAUUUUUUUCAUUA